AUGCACCUGGACAGACGGUUGCUCGUGCCUCUGGAGGAGGAAAGUGAUGGAGGCCUUGCUGUCACGUCAGCAGGACAGCCAAUGGAGCUUUCCUCUCACUCGCAGGCCAGGGGGCACAUUUGGAGACCCUCGCUGGUAACCCUGUGUGUGGGACUUGCAUCUCAUGGAGGGGGAAAAAAAAAGAUAAAAAAGAAUAAGCAAGAGCAAGGAGGCCCGAGAGGGAAGGAAUACAACAACGUUUUACAGAUUGUUUUUUGGGGUUUUUGCUUUAACUCCGAAUGUCCCUCCAUAUAUUUCUCUGCUUUUGCAACCCAGAGAUCUAGUUCUCUCUCAUAG